ACUGCGACGGCGCGUGAUAUCCUUCCGCGGGAGUCUAGCGCGGCCCUUUCCCUCCCGACAACACAGGAUGAGAACAAGCAGCAUUGCUGCUUAGAGACCUUUUACCUUAAGCUAUUAAAAAUAGUGCGUCGUCAGUGUAAACCCAACAGCUGUGGAAUAUUGGGCGUUUGUGUUGUUUCCUCUCUCGCCACUGCUUAACGUUGCUUACUUUUUUGGCACAUCGGUUGAACACUGAAGAAAUAUAAUCCGGUUUGAGUUGUGCGCGGCAAUCGAACUAGCCAGCUAGCGACUACUUCUGUGAAGAGUGGCUGGGACAGAAUGGAGCUGAUAACAAUCCUCGAAAAAACUGUGUCUCCAGAUCGAAAUGAGCUGGAAGCGGCACAGAAGUUUCUGGAGCAGGCGGCAAUUGAAAAUUUGCCGACAUUCCUGGUGGAGCUGUCGAAGGUCUUGGCCAACCCUGGAAACACACAGGUAGCUCGAGUAGCCUCCGGGCUGCAGGUGAAGAACUCGCUGACCUCAAAGGACCCGGAAGUGAAGACGCGCUAUCAGCAGAGAUGGCUGGCCAUCGAUGCCAACGCCCGCCGGGAGAUCAAGAACUACGUGCUGCAGACCCUGGGCACGGAGACGUACCGGCCCAGCUCGGCGUCCCAGUGCGUGGCGGGCAUCGCCUGCGCCGAGAUCCCGGUCAACCAGUGGCCCGAGCUCAUCCCCCAGCUGGUGGCCAAUGUGACGGACCCCAGCAGCACAGAGCACAUGAAGGAGUCCACCCUGGAGGCCAUCGGAUACAUCUGCCAGGACAUCGACCCCGAGCAGCUCCAGGAGAGCGCCAACCAGAUCCUGACCGCCAUCAUCCAGGGCAUGCGCAAGGAGGAGCCCAGCAACAACGUGAAGCUCGCCGCCACCAACGCCCUGCUCAACUCGCUGGAGUUCACCAAAGCCAACUUCGAUAAAGAGACGGAGCGACAUUUUAUAAUGCAGGUCGUCUGUGAAGCGACGCAGUGCCCAGACAACAGAGUACGGGUGGCUGCCUUACAGAACCUGGUGAAAAUCAUGUCGCUGUACUAUCAGUACAUGGAGACGUACAUGGGUCCUGCUCUGUUUGCUAUCACAAUAGAAGCCAUGAAAAGUGACAUCGAUGAAGUUGCCUUACAAGGAAUCGAGUUCUGGUCCAACGUGUGCGACGAGGAGAUGGACCUGGCCAUCGAAGCAACAGAGGCGUCGGAACAGGGGCGCCCCCCUGAGCACACAAGCAAGUUCUACGCCAAAGGGGCGCUGCAGUACCUGGUGCCCAUCCUCACCCAGACCCUGACCAAGCAGGACGAGAAUGACGACGAUGACGACUGGAACCCGUGCAAGGCGGCGGGCGUGUGCCUGAUGCUGCUGGCCACCUGUUGCGAGGAUGACGUGGUGCCCCACGUGCUGCCCUUCAUCAAGGAGCACAUCAAGCACCCCGACUGGCGCUACCGCGACGCCUCCGUCAUGGCCUUCGGCUCCAUCCUGGAGGGCCCCGAACUCAACCAGCUCAAGCCCCUCGUCAUCCAGGCUAUGCCCACCCUGAUCGAGCUGAUGAAGGACCCCAGUGUGGUUGUGAGGGACACCACGGCCUGGACGGUGGGGCGCAUCUGUGAGCUGCUCCCAGAGGCGGCCAUCAACGAGGUGUACUUGGCCCCCCUGCUGGGGUGCCUGAUCGAGGGGCUGGGGGCGGAGCCCAGGGUCGCCUCCAACGUCUGCUGGGCGUUCUCCAGUCUGGCGGAGGCAGCGUACGAGGCCACGGACGCGGCGGAGGAGCAGGAGGAGCCCGCCACCUACUGCCUGUCCUCCUCCUUUGAGCUCAUCGUCCAGAAGCUUCUGGAGACCACUGACAGACCAGACGGGCACCAGAACAACCUCCGCAGCGCUGCCUACGAGGCCCUGAUGGAGAUCGUGAAGAACAGCGCCAAGGACUGCUACCCCGCCGUGCAGAAGACCACGCUGGUCAUCAUGGAGAGGCUGCAGCAGGUCCUGCAGAUGGAGUCUCACAUCCAGAGCACAUCCGACAGAAUCCAGUUCAAUGACCUUCAGUCACUCCUCUGCGCUACUCUACAGAACGUGUUGAGGAAGGUUCAGCACCAGGAUGCUCUUCAGAUCUCGGACGUGGUGAUGGCGUCUCUGCUGCGGAUGUUCCAGAGCACGGCCGGAUCAGGAGGAGUCCAGGAGGACGCACUCAUGGCUGUCAGCACGCUAGUGGAGGUUCUGGGCAGUGACUUUUUAAAAUACAUGGAUGCCUUCAAGCCUUUCUUAGGUAUUGGACUCAAGAACUACGCAGAGUACCAGGUGUGUCUGGCCGCGGUGGGGCUGGUGUGCGACUUGUGCCGGGCCCUGAUGACCAAUAUUUUGCCUUACUGUGACGAGAUGAUGCAACUGCUGCUGGAGAACCUGGGGAAUGAGAAUGUACACAGGUCGGUGAAGCCCCAGAUUCUGUCUGCGUUCGGCGACAUUGCUCUGGCCAUCGGCGGAGAGUUCAAGAAGUACCUGGACAUCGUGCUGGAUACCCUCCAGCAGGCCUCUCAAGCCCAGGUGGACAAGACGGACUACGACAUGGUGGACUACCUGAACGAGCUGAGGGAAGGCUGCCUGGAGGCGUACACCGGCAUCAUCCAAGGCCUGAAGGGAGACCAGGAGAAUGUACACCCUGACGUGAUGCUGGUGCAGCCCAGGGUGGAGUUCAUCCUGUCCUUCAUCCACCAUAUCGCAGAGGAUGAGGACCAUUCAGAUGGAGUGGUGGCCAACGCUGCUGGCCUCAUAGGAGACCUGUGCACAGCCUUCGGUAAGGACGUGAUGAAGCUGGUGGAGCUGAGGCCCCAGAUCAACGACCUGCUGACCGAAGGCCGGCGCUCCAAGACCAGCAAGACCAAGACCCUCGCCACCUGGGCCACCAAGGAGCUACGCAAGCUCAAAAAUUCGAUGCUGGUUGGGGAAGUUGAAGAAAAUAUCCACAAUGAUAAAUGAAAAAAAACCACCCCACUGGAAUUUCUUCUGUCUUUUGCCCGCUGGGGCGAAAGCAGGAACGAAGUGUGUGCUGAGAUGAGUGAGAGUGUGAGCGAGUGCGAGAGAGAGAGAGAGCGAGCGAGAGCGAGAGAGAAAGCGUGAGCGAGCGAAAGAGAGCGAGCGAGCGAGCGUGAGGAUCGACAUCACACCACCUUCUGAGUACAAUUCCAGCAGUCGCCGGCAGAACCGUGGAGCCCCCUACCCACAACCCCCCC